UGCUGCUGUUCUUCCGCUGCCUUGGCCUGCACCUCAUCCCGUGCCCUGUUUUGCCCUUCUCCUUUCUGCUUCUCUUCAAUCACCAUCUUCUUCUUUUCUGACCUGUACAGCCACACUCAUUGCAUCGAAUUCAAGAUAUACAUAGACUUUUUUUCCUACAGGCUUCUGCCCGCCUACGCAUCCGCUCAUUUCCCAAACUUCGAUUCUCUCCACUUCCACGACAAACCGAACUACCAACCACUCCACAAAAUCGUCCAAAUUCCCCGAAAUCGAUCAGAAACCCGAAUCCUUCUCCACAAAAACUCCACGAUGGUGAAAGCAACCUCGACCUUCAUUCUCUCUCUGCUCUCCCUCGUUCCUACCAUCACCGCCAACUGCGAAGCACCAGUUCCCUGCCAAGAUGAAUCUCUCAAUCGUCUAAAUACCACUGAAUGCCAAACCGUACACGCCUUCCUAGCACGCGGCUCUAACUCCGGAUUUCCUGGCCACCUUGGACCCCUCAUCAGGUCCGUCUGCACCAACCUUACCUCUGGCAGCUCGGAUGUCACGUGUGGUUACGAAAACAUCGACUACCCAGCCAACUCGUCGAGAGAUGGAGAGGGCAUGUGGUGCAAGUCGGCGCAUAUUGGCGCUACCCAGGGCCAGAAGCAGAUGAAAGAAUACUCGGAGAGGUGCCCGGAUGCGAAGUUGGUCUUGCUCGGAUUUUCGCAAGGAGGUAGCGUCGCUUUGGAUGUUUUGGGAGGUGGCGGCGGCGAGGAAGAUGGCACGGUUUUUGGUUGUAUCCAGGAAUCCAGCCCGGCGUUGAAUCCUAAGGAGGUUCCUGGGUCGAAGAUCGUCGCAGCCGUGGUGUUUGGUGCCGUCCGCCGCAGCGCAGACCAGCCCUUCACCGUCAAAAAUGGUGGCCAGAAUUACAACGGCACUACUCCUCGCACCGGAUCUCUUGCUGAGGGUCUUGCGCAAUUCACCCCUGUUCUGCGCGAAUACUGCAACGAACACGAUCCCAUCUGCGCUCCUGAGAGCUUGCCCCAGAACGUUGAGAACCAUCUCGACUACUUCUCCAAGUUCGACGAUGAGGCUUCGGAAUGGAUCGUGCAGAAGGCAGGUUUUACCAGUGCUAAAGCUACCAACGGGAACACUGAUAGCGGUGAGAGACAAGGUGUGCAAGGUGGUAACAACACGAGUGCGGCGGUUGGCUUGAUGGGUGCUAGAUGGGGAGUGGCUAUGAGCGCUUUCGGAGUCGUUGUUGCGGGAGUGAUGUGAGUAUAGUUGUGUAGAAAGCAUUUCAGUCUGUUGUUAAGAGUAUACUUUGUAAUUUCUUUGGACCUUGAGUCUUUAUUUUUUUUCGUUUGCACACUCAUGGGCGUUGGUGUUUUUCUUGUGUUACGAGCAAAAGUCGCAUUUGUCUACAGAAGCUGGUAUGAGCUCCUGAUAUAUGCAUAUAUAUGUAUGUAUACGUAGAUACAUGUAAAUAUUGGAAGCUUUGUGAAAGAGAGUAGAGUAGGUCAUAGUCAAAUCCUAUUCUCUCGCUUUCCCGCUUCAUGAUUUCAUCACUACUCUGAGCUGGAUUCCUAUU